GCGUUUGUUUUUGAAAGGAAUUCUAAAAAUAUACAAAGUAGUUGGGACAGGUAGAGAUAUAUUUGAUCUUAGACGGUGAUUAUGCGCCGUACCCGGUCGCGUAUAUUUUAUUUUGGGGUCCUAAUAGCGUACGAAUCUCUUGUUUUACAUUCUAAACCUUUUGGAAAAAUUUUUAAUAUGGCGCAAAUCCAACUGCGGCGAAAUUACAUUCUUCCAGUCACUCUAGAAUUUGCGAGAAAUUCACAUGACUAACAAAAUCGAUUACCCGACUGUUCAAAUACAUGACAGAAGCGGUGUCAGAACUUGAUCUGUUAUUAGAUUGAAAUUUUUGUGGUGGAACUUAGGAAAAUGACCACGCAUAAGGUAGAAUUGUACAUAUACGAUCUUUCCAGGGGGUGUGCGCCGAGUGUUUCUCAAAAGCUCUUAGGGAAAAGGAUCGAUGGGAUAUGGCAUACUUCGAUAGUCGUAUACGAUCGGGAAUACUUUUUCGGAUCAUCCGGUGUCGAAAGUUGUAAUCCGGGUGCCACCGCAUUAGGACCCCCAAAGGAUAUUAAGUUGCUUGGAGAGACUCAAGUGACUCAUGCAAUAUUCUUGGAUUAUCUGACGGGAUUAUCGCAAACGAGCUACUCUCCCUCAUCCUACAACUUACUGCAUCACAACUGCAAUAAUUUUUCCGAGGACAUUGCGCAGUUUCUGUGCGGCUCGAGCAUCCCCAAAGACAUCCUCGAUUUGCCGAACGAGGUGUUGAAUUUGACCCUGGCCGCAGCAAUACCGGCUUUGGUCAGUCAAUUAGAGAAGAGUGCGCGCCCUAUCUCGGAAGAGCAACAGCAAUUUUCAAGGGAAUUUUCACCGGAUCUUACUAGGGAGAUCGAGGACGCAAGAUACCAAUCGUUCCUGCUCCAGCAAAGAAGGAAAACUCAAAAAGAAAAGGACGCGAAAAAGGAGAGGAAGAGAGAGAAGAAACGCAAAAAGCUCCUAAAGGCUGGCCUACUCGUCCCUACCGACUUAGAGGAUAUAAAAAUGGCCGACACAGAAGCGGUGAACGGUACUGCCGAGGGCCCGCUGCCGUCGGAACAAGCAUUAGCAAUGGAGGAAGAGGAGAGACGCGAGGAAGAAGAGAAAAAGAAAGCCCGAGAUCCGCCCAUCGUCUACAAAGAUCUUUACGACGUCAAGGAGGAAUUCGACGCGUUGGUGGCCCUAAUAGACGGGAAACUGUCGCCCGAAGAACAAAAGGCCACGGAAGAACUGCAGCAGUACAUUAUCGGCGACGAGGGUAGUUGGGCGUUGAGCGACGGCUUCCUCGACUACGUCAAUAGGUUAGUAAACGAUGGCGAGUUACCGGUCGAAGUCAGAGUUCGACUGUUCAAAGUACUGUCGGCGGCGGCUUUGAAAGAUGAUGUUAUUCUCGUGCUCCACCAGGAUCGGAAAGAUCACAUACUGAUGAAUUACGCUUACGAAAUCGACCGAUUAACGGCCGACGAGCAGGAAGCGGUCGCUUUAUUUCUUACGAACUUGUUUGAGAACUUGAGCUCCUCGGAGUGGUUGCUUUAUAUUUCCGAAUGGACGCACAGCAACCAACAGAUCAGCAACAUCAGGGUGACUACCAAAGUGGCCGUACACAGUCUCCUGUCCGAUAACGCGGUGCUGCAGGAACGGGGCGCCGCCAUCAUUCACAAUCUGGCAGCCAAGGAGAAAAUGUUCAAAAAUUUCCGAAUCCGUCAGAUCUUACCCAAGGGCAGUUUGUCAAAGGUUUUUGAUGACGUGGCGGUCGAGUUAACCAUGGCCGUGCUGCAGUACUUCAAUCAAAAACCCCCCGAGGAGCAGUUGUACAGGUGUAUGAAAGCUUUGGCCCGGUUUGCCGAAAUAUCCCGGCAAGAAGUACCUCAACUCAUCCAGAUGAUUGGGCCUGAUCCGAAAUCUUUUAAAGGCACCAGCGACAGAAUCGACGCCCUCAUCGAUCAGAUAAGUUCGAGGAUCCAUUGAAGGCUGUAUUUGUUUCAUAUAAUUAUUUAUUUGUAAAUUUGUGUUGUUAUUUAAUGGUUUUACAGGAUAGUUAUCUCAUUAAAAAUGCAUUUUCGGUUUGUGUACAGUUUUUAGCUGUUUUGUAUUUAUUUUAUGAGAAUUAAAUCUUUCCACGCGA